CAAAACAAAUCUUAUUGAUUGAUUACUAAACUUCAACAACAAUUUUGGAUUAUUACCACGUCUCGACAAACUGGAUUAUUGUCUAGUAAUAUUUUCAGCUGAAAGGAUUAUAAUACUUCAUAGAAAUGGAUUACAAAAACGAUUUAAAUUCUGAUGAUGAUUUCGACUGUUCGAAUAGCUACGGUGGCGAUAACUUCAAUAGCAAUAAUAAUUCUAACUCUAGCUUUAAUGCCAAUGGACAGUCUAGGACAUCUAAUCCAAAUGGUCUGUCCAAAGCUGAACUGAGAAAGACUAAUAAACCAAUUAUGGAAAAACGUCGGCGAGCACGCAUAAAUCAUUGCCUAAAUGAGCUCAAAUCACUGAUUUUGGAAGCGAUGAAAAAGGACCCUGCACGACAUACAAAACUUGAAAAGGCUGAUAUACUCGAGAUGACUGUUAAACAUUUACAAUCAGUACAACGACAACAGCUUAAUAUGGCUAUACAAACAGAUCCAACAGUUAUACAUAAAUUCAAAACUGGUUUUGUAGAAUGUGCCGAAGAAGUAAACCGAUAUAUUAGCCAACUAGAUGGCGUGGAUGUGGGCGUUCGUCAGCGGCUUUCGAAUCAUCUUAAUAGUUGCGCCACUGGUCUGGAACAAAUAGGUUCGAUGACGAAUUUUAAUAACGGCUAUCGUGGUCAAUUGGGUGCUACAAAUGCAUCCGGUCUCUUUGGUGCAGCUUUAUCAAAUCCUUUGACAUCCAAUGUUAAUCAACAAGGUGGAAUAUUUCCACCUCUACCACAAGAUUUGAAUAAUAACAGUAAUCAUGCGACGCCUAUACAAAUGGGUGGGGUGCAGUUAAUACCAUCUCGUCUACCAUCUGGUGAAUUUGCCUUGAUAAUGCCAAAUACCAAUACAAAUGCAACAAAUCUUCUAAAUAAUAAUACUCUUUCAAAUUUACCGUUUAGUAACUGGCCACACGCUUCAAACACAGCAACAACAACUACCACAUCACAGUUGCCAGUGAAUGCGCCGCAAAUGAAUGAUAUUGCUAAAAAUUAUAAUCGGUUAAGUGCUUUCAGUAAACCACAAUCGCAAUCACAAACGCAGCCGCAACAAGUUCCACAACAACUGAUACAGCAGUCAAAUCAACCGAAACAUUCGUCUCUACCCACCCAUCCAAAUAUGAACAAAAACAUCAACCUAUUUACUUCAAAUCAUUCGACAGCAUUCCAUCAACCACAAAAUAACUUACAUCAUAACUCUACUGCAACUACAAGUCCACCACUGAGUCCUAUAUCAUCGAUCUCUAGUCAUGGUGAUGACUCUAUCAUGCACACCAGCUCAGAAUACAUUAACUCUCGUCCAGCUACACCACCGCAAGAUCACAACACUAGUCAAAUCCAGCAACAUAACUUUUCAGGGGUUUUCAAUACACCUCCUUCAAGUACAGAUACCUCUUUGUCGCAUUCACGCUUGUCUAUAAACUUGCAGCAACAGCAAGUCACCUCGACCAGCGGCAGUGGCAGUGAACUUAAUAUCUCUCUUAAACGUAGCAUCUCAGAAGUGGCAGACUCUAGCGAUAGUUCGGAUGAACCUUCGACUAAGAAAUUUGCCAAUGACACCAAAAAAGAAUUAGUGGUGAGCGAUGAAGAUCGGGACAGCAUGUGGCGUCCAUGGUAGCUUUCGAAAGUGGUGAAGGUGAAUUUAGGAAGCCGCUAUCGUUAAAUACUUGUUUUGUUGUAACAUUUAUAAGAUUUUUGUUGAUAUUCGUUACAUUUUUACAAAUUUAACGAAACUGCUUUGAUGAAAG